AUCAAAGAAAAACUUCAACAAAUCGCAUUUGUUGUGGAAAAUCUUGAUGUUAACAAGACAGCGGAGGCCCUAGUGAACCAGAUGACGGCAGAUAUGUGGAUCGCUUCAGAAGAGGUGGAUGAACGCAUGGAACAAAAUAGUGUUUAUAUUCACAAAGGUUUAGUGAACCAAAUUGCAGACCUGGAGACCAAGGCAGCUGGCUGUGCCAUAGGUGGUGAGAGCAUUGAUGAAAUAGGGGCAUCAUAUUUCCUAGGAGAUUCAAGACCUAUUAGAGAUUUGGAUCAAAGCUUCUGUGAACGUAACACCUUCACAGGCGUUGGCUGGCCAAUGACACACUCCAUUGAGUCUAGUGUGGGAUGGUGGAUGAAAGACCCAAUACCAGACUCUCCAGAGAAUCGCACUGCCAUCUAUUACGUGGGCGGAAAUAGUGGUAAUCUAUACAUGUACAAGUGGAACAACUAUCAUUCUAUGUGGACCCGUACCUCAAAGACUAGCCUCGGCCAAACAGCCAAACACAUGUAUGGGACAAACCAUGCAUUGUUCAACGGAUCCCUCUACUACUAUUCGAGUCAAAAGACCAUUGAGAGAGUUGACUAUAGAACAUGGUCACCAAAAGCAUCGGUGUCUAUUCCCGAGGUAGAGGCUGUGCCAAACUAUAACCGUGGUGGUGUCACUUACGUGGACAUCAACAUAGAUGAAUAUGGACUCUUCAU